CGCUAACUGUAUUUCCUCUAAAAACAUAACCAACGUAAAGAAAUAGAUCUGCAAGCAAAAUGCUAUUUAAUUGCCAAGGACGAUCAACCACAAACGCAUGCGCAGUAUGAAGAAAAGAGAAAAAAAAAAGCUGGUCACGCUGAUAGUAGAGGUAACGCAUGCGCAGAAGAAGCGACGGAGCUCAGGAGUGUCCAUAUUGGAAGAGGUUACAGGAAGGGCACCUGGACGUACUCUGCAAAAAAUGUCCACUGCGAUGAACUUCGGCACAAAAAGCUUUAAACCUCGACCUCCAGAAAAGGGAUCCUUCCCUCUGGAUCACCUUGGAGAAUGUAAGCCAUUUAAACAGAAGUUCAUGAAAUGUUUGCAGGAGAAAAAUUAUCAAAGCAAUCUGUGUCGCGAGGAGUCAAAGGAAUACUUGGAGUGUCGGAUGGAAAGACAACUGAUGGCAAAGGAGCCUCUGGACAAACUCGGCUUUAAGGAUCUCGAAGAUGAAAGGGCCACAGAAGAGCAAAAUAAGUUAUAAUGCUGAUAAAUAACACAUAAACUAUUUACUCUGUGCGCUGAGGAUAUUCCGAGGAGUAUGGACACCUACCAAGGCUCUGUUUCAUAUGUUGUAUAUAUUUUUAAGAUUUCUGUAUUUAUAUAUCAUAAAUGGAUGAGGAUUAUGGUGAGAAGACUUGACUGCUUUCAUUACCAUAAGUAAUAAAUACAUUGUUUAUAAUUUUUUUGUCCUCAAUGUAUUUAUUUUUGACUGGUAAGGCUAAAGCGCCAUAAUGACAAACGUCUAGUUACUGAAUGUGAUUCAGAGAUCAUCAUGCUGCAUAAGUAGAUUCCAUGUAAUGGAAAUACACGUGACUGCUACAUGACGGUAGCCAAACGUUGCCAGCGACAAAAUGAAACAGGCGAAAACCCCUUCUAAGGCCGGGUUCUCGUCACGAUUAGUGCCUCCGAGGCACGUAUACGCCAGAGCUUAAAAUCGGAUGGAAAAUGUAUCUGUUCUCGAAUUGGCACUUCCUGCGCUCACUUUAUCGCCUUAUUGCACACUGCGCCUUACAUGGAUGGCACGUGGCGUCUAGAGGUUAAGAAAAUAACAAUCCAACACAGUGUGUGACAAAAU